AAGGGCUUCAGUGCAGUUUUCCAUUCAGGGGAAUAUAUCCCGUGACAAUAACGGACUCCUCCAGCAAUUCCGACACAUCUGAGCCUUCAGUCUGGAGUGCUCUUGAAUCACUCACUUGAAGAUCGCAUCUGAAGAGCUCAUUGGAAGGGAACAGUUUUAUUACGGGUGAGGUACAUUUAACUGGGGCUUCAGGAGUCGCACUGCAGGGCCCAAUGGGAGCGUGGAAGCUGGCCAAGGUGGUGCUUUGGUGGGCUGCAGUCUACUCGGUGCAGGCACAAGGCUAUGGAGACAUCCAGGCCAGCCGAUUCACUGGAAAACCUGAGGGGGAGGUCCAACCGAGGGUCCGUCGGCGAGGCCAGGAGUCCCUCAGGGGGCCCAAUGUAUGUGGCUCACGCUUCCAUUCCUAUUGUUGUCCAGGAUGGAAAACACUCCCUGGAGGAAACCAGUGUAUAGUUCCAAUCUGUAGGAACUCGUGUGGAGAUGGCUUUUGCUCCAGGCCCAACAUGUGUACCUGCUCCAGUGGUCAUCUUGCCCCCAGCUGUGGUGCGGCCUCAGUCCAGUCCUGCAGCGUCAGAUGUAUGAACGGAGGAGUUUGUAAUGAAGACGCCUGCGCGUGUCAAAAGGGCUACACAGGAACUCACUGUGGACAGCCUGUGUGUGAGACCGGAUGUCAAAAUGGUGGUCGUUGUAUCGGGCCAAACAGAUGCGCCUGCGUCUACGGUUUUACUGGGCCUCAGUGCGAGAGAGACUAUCGGACUGGGCCUUGCUUCACACAGGUCAACAACCAAAUGUGCCAGGGUCAACUGAGCGGCAUUGUGUGCACCAAGACGCUUUGCUGUGCAACCAUCGGCCGAGCAUGGGGUCACCCUUGUGAAAUGUGCCCUGCCCAGCCGCAUCCUUGCCGAAGGGGCUUCAUACCCAACAUUCGGACUGGUGCAUGCCAAGAUGUGGAUGAGUGUCAGGCCAUUCCUGGACUGUGUGCUGGAGGGAACUGCAUUAACACCGUGGGAUCUUACGAGUGCAAAUGUCCCGCAGGCCAUCGGCAGAGUGAAACCAACCAGAAGUGUGAAGAUAUUGAUGAAUGCACGACCAUAUCCGGCGUGUGUGAUGGUGGAGAAUGUACCAAUACCGCCGGCAGUUACGUGUGCACCUGUCCGCGAGGGUAUGUCACCAGCACUGAUGGAUCCAGAUGUGUUGAUCAACGUAUUGGUACUUGUUUCUCAUCUUUGGCGAACGGUCGCUGUGCGGGUGAAUUGACCGGUCAGUACACUAAGACGCAAUGCUGCUGUGAAACAGGUCGCUGUUGGGCGCUCGGACAUAUUCCAGAGAUGUGCCCUGUCAGAGGUGCAGACGAAUACAGACGGCUUUGCAUUCAAAGGCUUCCUUUUGGAACUGGCAACGGUGGUGGCAUCCACGGCGGUACCAUCAACGGCGGCGGUUUCAACGGUGGCGAUUUCAACGGCGGUAGUUUCAACGGCUACGGCAAAGUUCCCUCGCAAAAUGGAAAUGGUGGCGGCUACAUUUCCGUGGGCAUCGGUGGCGACACAACUGGUAACGGGAAUGGCAACGGCGGCACGAAGACGCAAAUCAGCCAGUUGAACGAGACUACCAUCGACGUGUGCAAGCAUUUCACCAACCUGUGCCUGAACGGACGCUGUAUUCCAACGCCAACAAGAUACCGAUGCGAAUGCAACAUGGGUUACAGGCAGGAUGUGCGCGAAGAAUGCAUUGAUGUGGACGAAUGCAUAAGCAACCCUUGUGUGAAUGGAGACUGUGUCAACACUCAAGGAUCGUACCAUUGCAAGUGUCACGAGGGAUACCAGGGCACCCCUACCAAGCAAGCCUGCAUUGACAUUGACGAGUGUAUCGUGAAUGGGGUUAUGUGUCGUAAUGGCCGCUGCGUAAACACAGACGGCAGUUUCCAGUGCAUCUGUAACGCUGGCUUUGAAAUCAGUCCGGGAGGCAAGAACUGCAUUGACCAUGACGAAUGCGCCACCACUAACAUGUGCCUCAAUGGCAUGUGUAUAAAUGAAGACGGAAGCUUCAAGUGUAUCUGCAAACCUGGAUUUGCAUUGGCACUCAAUGGCCGCUAUUGCACUGACAUCGAUGAAUGCCAGACUUCGGGUAUCUGUAUGAAUGGCCGCUGUGUAAACUCAGAGGGCUCUUUUCGCUGCGAGUGUCCACCAGGUCUGGCCAUCGGCAUGGACGGGCGGGUGUGCGUGGACACCCACAUGCGCACAACCUGCUAUGGGGCCAUAAAAAUGGGCACCUGUUCUCGCCCGUUUCCUGGAGCAGUGACGAAGUCUGAAUGCUGCUGUGCCAACCCGGAGCAUGGAUUCGGAGAGCCUUGCAAACCCUGCCCGUCUUUCAACUCAGCGGAGUUCCAGGCGGUGUGCAGCAGCGGGCCUGGAAUCACCGCAGACGGGCGAGACAUCAAUGAAUGCGCUCUGGAUCCAGACAUCUGCCAGAACGGAAUCUGCGAAAACCUGCGCGGAAGCUACCGCUGCAUCUGCAACAUCGGCUACGAGUCCGACGUCAGCGGCAAAAACUGCGUGGACAUUAACGAGUGUUUGGUGAAUCGUUUGUUGUGCGAUAAUGGAAUGUGCCGAAACACACCUGGCAGCUACACCUGCUCUUGCCCUAAAGGAUUUUCCUUCAAAGCAGACUCCGAAACGUGCGAAGACGUCAACGAAUGCGACUCAAACCCCUGCAUUAAUGGCAUUUGCCGCAACGUGGCCGGUUCCUUCAACUGCGAAUGUUCUCACGGGAGCAAGUUGGACUCCACAAACACCAUUUGCGUGGACAGCAUGAAAGGCACCUGCUGGUUAAAUAUUCAGGAUGGACGCUGUGAGGUGAAUAUAAACGGGGCAACGCUGAAGUCGGAGUGCUGUUCAAUGCUCGGGGCGGCUUGGGGAAGCCCGUGUGAACGCUGUGAAGUUGAUCCGGCCUGCUCGAAAGGUUUCGGUCGGAUGAAAGGACUCGUGUGUGAAGAUAUUAAUGAGUGCGAGGUGUUCCCUGGUGUGUGUACGAACGGCCGCUGUGUGAACACCCAGGGCUCGUUCCGAUGCGAGUGUCCGGAGGGACUUACACUGGACGGAGCCGGACGAACUUGUGUCGAUAUCCGUAACGAGCAGUGUUACAUGAAGUGGGAUGAAGAUGAAUGUGUCGAGCCGUUACCGGGCCGGUACCGUGUUGAUAUGUGCUGUUGUACGGUGGGUGCGGCAUGGGGUGUGGACUGUGAGGCGUGUCCCAAACCUGGCACGCCCGAAUUCAAAAUCAUCUGCCCACGUGGACCUGGAAUUGCCAACCGGGGAGAUAUCCUGACAGGAAGACCCUUCUACAAAGAUGUAAAUGAAUGUAAGGUCUUCAGAGGUCUGUGCACUUAUGGAACGUGCCGGAACACCAUUGGAAGCUUCAAGUGCCGCUGUGAAAACGGUUUCGCUCUCACCAUGGAGGAGAGAAACUGCACCGAUAUUGACGAGUGCACCAUCUCUCCUGACCUCUGCGGUCACGGCACAUGCGUCAACACGCCGGGCAGCUUCGAGUGUGAAUGUUUUGAUGGUUAUGAGAGUGGCUUUAUGAUGAUGAAGAACUGCAUGGAUGUUGAUGAAUGUGAGCGGGACCCUCUGCUUUGUCGUGGGGGCACGUGUGUGAACACAGAGGGCAGUUAUGAGUGCGACUGCCCCCCGGGACACCAGCUUAGUCCAGACGGAUCUGCCUGUGAAGAUGUGAACGAAUGUCAGUUGAGUAACAACCUGUGCAGGAACGGUCAAUGUGUGAACAUGGUGGGCACCUACCAGUGCUCGUGUGACACGGGUUACCAGGUCACGCCCGACAGACAGGGCUGUGUGGAUAUUGACGAGUGCACCAUCAUGAAUGGCGGCUGCGACACACACUGUACGAACUCCGAGGGCAGUUACGAAUGUAGUUGUAGCGAAGGUUACGCCCUCAUGCCUGACCUCAGGACCUGCGCUGAUAUCGACGAAUGCGAAGACACGCCUGACAUUUGCGACGGCGGCCAGUGUACGAACAUCCCCGGAGAAUAUCGUUGCCUCUGUUAUGACGGCUUCAUGGCGUCCAUGGACAUGCGCACCUGUAUCGACGUUAACGAAUGCGACCUGAAUCCGAAUAUCUGUCUCCAUGGAGACUGUGAAAACACCAAGGGCUCCUUCAUCUGCCACUGUCAGCUGGGAUACUUCGUCAAAAAAGGCUCCACCGGUUGCACGGAUAUCGACGAAUGCGAGAUCAGCGCUCAUAACUGCGACGUGCACGCUGCUUGCGGCAACGUUCCAGGGAGCUUCAAAUGUCGUUGUCGUGACGGAUGGGAAGGCGACGGAAUCAAAUGCAUCGAUGUUGAUGAGUGCGUCACUGAGGAACACAACUGUAACCCGAACGCCGCCUGCAUGAACACACCGGGGUCGUAUCGCUGCACCUGUAAAGAAGGAUACAACGGAGACGGCUUCACCUGCUCUGAUAUGGAUGAAUGCGCGGACAAUGUGAAUCUUUGUGAGAACGGUCAAUGUUUGAACGCCCCCGGUGGAUACCGCUGUGAGUGUGAGAUGGGCUUCACCCCCACUGAAGACAGCAAAUCUUGCCAAGACAUCAACGAGUGUAACUUCCAGAACAUCUGCGUGUUCGGAUCAUGUCAGAACUUGCCCGGAAUGUUCCGCUGUGUGUGUGACUAUGGAUAUGAGCUGGACCGCAGCGGAGGAAACUGCACAGAUAUCAACGAAUGUUUUGACCCUGUGAACUGCAUCAACGGUCUGUGUGUGAAUCUGCCCGGCAGCUAUCUGUGUAACUGCCCUCCAGACUUCGAGCUGAACCCUACAGGAGUCGGUUGUGUUGACACUCGUGUAGGAAACUGCUUCCUGGACACUCUGGACCGCGGAGACGGCGGGAUCUCCUGUAGCGCUGAGAUCGGAGUGGGCGUGACCCGUGCGUCCUGUUGUUGCUCUCUGGGCGGAGCCUGGGGCAAUCCCUGCGAACUCUGCCCUCUCCUUAACUCAACUGAAUACAAAACUCUGUGUCCUGGGGGAGAGGGCUUCCGGCCGAACCCCAUCACAGUCAUCCUGGAGGAUAUAGAUGAAUGUCAGGAGCUCCCCGGUUUGUGUCAGGGUGGAAACUGCAUCAACACGUUUGGCAGUUUCCAGUGCGAGUGUCCGGCCGGGUACUACCUCAACGAUGAGACCCGCAUCUGUGAAGAUAUCGACGAGUGCACGGCGCACAUCGGCAUCUGUGGACCGGGAACGUGCUACAACACGCUGGGUAACUACACCUGCGUCUGUCCGCCCGAGUACAUGCAGGUGAACGGCGGAAACAACUGCAUGGAUAUGAGAAAGAGCGUGUGCUAUCGGAACUUUAACGACACCUGUGAGAACGAGUUGUCCUUUAAUAUGACGAAGAAAAUGUGCUGUUGUGCGUAUAAUGUCGGCAAAGCCUGGAACAGACCCUGUGAGGCCUGUCCGACCCCUGCUACCUCGGAGUACCAGCUCUUGUGCGGAAAUCAGGCUCCUGGUUUUAUUAUCGACAUUCAUACCGGAAAACCAAUCGAUAUCGACGAGUGUCGCGAGAUUCCUGGUAUCUGCGCUAACGGCGUGUGCAUCAACCAGAUCGGAAGUUUCCGAUGCGAAUGUCCCAUGGGUUUCAGCUAUAACAACAUCCUGCUCAUUUGUGAAGAUAUCGACGAGUGCACCAGUGGCGACAACCUGUGCCAGCGUAACGCCAAUUGUAUCAACAUCCCCGGCAGUUACCGCUGCGAAUGUUCGGAUGGAUUUAAGCUAUCUCCUAGCGGCGCUUGUGUUGAUCGUAACGAGUGUAAGGAGAUCCCGAACGUUUGCAGUCAUGGAGAGUGCAUCGACACGCUGGGCAGUUAUCGCUGUCUGUGCCACAACGGCUUCAAGACCACGCCAGACAUGACCAUGUGUAUGGAUAUUGACGAGUGUGACCGGCAGCCGUGUGGAAACGGUACCUGCAAGAACACAGUGGGUUCUUACAACUGUCUGUGCUUCCCCGGGUUCGAGCUCACCCAUAAUAAUGACUGCAUGGAUAUUGACGAGUGCAGCGUGAACGCCGGUCAGGUGUGUAGAAACGGACAGUGUUUCAACAACAUGGGUUCCUUCAAGUGUUUGUGUACCGAUGGAUAUAAUCUCACACCAGAUGGCAAGAACUGCGUCGAUAUCAAUGAAUGUGUGAUGCUGCCGGGCACCUGCCAACCCGGAACCUGCCAGAAUCUGGACGGCUCGUUCCGAUGCAUCUGUCCACCUGGAUACGAAGUACAAAACGACAAAUGUGUCGAUAUCAACGAGUGCAACGUGGAGCCGAACAUCUGCCAGUAUGGCACAUGUCAAAACACGCCGGGCAGCUUCCAGUGCAUCUGCGAUCUUGGUUACGUGCUAUCGGACAACGGUCGCCGAUGUUUCGAUACACGCAAGAGUUUCUGUUUCACACGUUUUGAAGCUGGUAAAUGCUCCGUACCCAAACCACUGAACACCACCAAAGCCAAAUGCUGCUGCAGUCUGCUGCCGGGCGAGGGCUGGGGCGACCCCUGUGACCUGUGCCCGCGAGAGAGUGAGGCUGCGUAUAUCACUUUGUGUCCCUACGGCCAUGAAGCCGUCCCGGGACCUGGAGACAUGGGACGUGAAGACAUGAACGAGUGUGUUGAAAACCCGGGAAUCUGCAGUAACGGCUUGUGCAUCAAUACUGACGGCUCGUUCCGCUGCGAGUGUCCGUUUGGAUAUAACCUGGACUUCACGGGCAUCAACUGCGUGGAUACGGAUGAAUGCUCCAUCGGGAAUCCUUGUGGAAAUGGCACUUGUACGAAUGUUCAGGGUGGAUUUGAGUGCUCAUGUCAGGAGGGUUUUGAACCCGGACCCAUGAUGACCUGUGAAGACAUCAACGAGUGCGCGGUGAACCCCCUCCUCUGUGCUUUCCGCUGCGUUAACACCUUUGGCUCGUACGAGUGCAUGUGCCCUACGGGAUACGUGCUGCGCGAUGACAACCGCAUGUGUCGAGAUCAGGACGAGUGUGCUGAAGGGAUUGAUGACUGUGAGUCCAGAGGCAUGGCCUGCAAGAACCAGAUCGGCACCUUCAUGUGUAUCUGUCCGCCAGGCAUGACCCGACGCCCCGAUGGAGAGGGCUGCAUGGACCUCAAUGAGUGCCGCGCUAAGCCUGGAAUCUGUAAGAAUGGCCGCUGUGUCAACACGGUGGGCAGUUACCGCUGUGAAUGUAACGAGGGUUUCGAGCCAAGCACAACGGGCACAGAAUGCAUGGAUAACAGGAAGGGCUUCUGUUUCACUGAGGUUUUGCAGACGAUGUGCCAGCAGUCUUCCACCAACCGCAACACCGUUACCAAGUCAGAGUGCUGCUGUAAUGUCGGGCGCGGCUGGGGUUCACAGUGUGAGCUGUGCCCGCUGCCUGGCACAGUACAGUACAAGAAGAUGUGCCCACUCGGACCAGGAUACACCACUGAUGGCAGAGAUAUCAAUGAAUGUGAGGUGAUGCCCAACUUGUGUAAGAACGGUCAGUGUAUGAACACUAUCGGCUCUUUCCGCUGUCACUGUAACGUGGGUUACACCAAUGACUUCACUAGCACCUCCUGUGUUGAUGCGGACGAAUGCGCUCAAUCGCCCAAACCGUGUAACUUCCUGUGCAAGAACACAGAAGGCAGUUACCUGUGCUCGUGUCCCAGAGGAUACAUCCUACAGCCCGAUGGGAAGACAUGCAAAGACUUGGACGAAUGCUCAACCAAGCAACACAACUGUCAGUUCCUGUGCGUCAACACCAUCGGUGGCUUUACCUGUAAAUGCCCUGCGGGCUUCACGCAGCACCAGACCGCUUGCAUAGACAACAACGAAUGCAGCGGUCAGCAAAGCGUGUGCGGUUCCAGCGCCUCCUGCCUCAACACGCCCGGCAGCUUCAACUGCGAGUGUCAGAAGGGCUAUUCUCUGGAUCAAACCGGGAUGAACUGUGAUGACGUCGACGAAUGUGGAGGAAACCACCGUUGCCAGCACGGUUGCCAGAACAUGUUGGGAGGAUUUCGCUGUGGCUGCCCGCAGGGUUACGUUCAACACUACCAGUGGAACCAGUGUGUGGACGAGAAUGAAUGUUCCGGGAACCAGCUCUGCGGGAUGGCGUCUUGCUACAACACAUUGGGCAGCUAUAAAUGCGUGUGCCCGUCAGGUUUUGACUUUGAGGCCACGGCUGGCGGCUGCCAGGAUGUUAAUGAGUGCGCCCAGGGCAACAACCCCUGCAGCUACGGCUGCUCCAACACAGAUGGAGGAUACUUGUGCGGAUGCCCCGGAGGCUUCUACCGAGCAGGACAAGGGCACUGCAUCACUGGUGUUGGUUUCCAGGGUCAGUUUGCUGCGGAGGGAGAAGUCGACGAAGACGCCCUCUCACCGGAGGCCUGCUAUGAAUGCAAGAUUAAUGGUGACCAUGGAAAGAAAGGCCGUCAUAGGCGUAAUGCUGGUGAUAAUGAGCUCAAGGAGACGGUGAGCAUGGCCAGCGUGGAUGUUCAGACCUCCAUCCCCAUGAACCUGAGCCUGGCACAGCUGCAGAACAAGGAACCCCUGCUGGAGCUGCUUCCUGCACUGGAACCCCUCGAGCACCAUGUGCGCUACAUCAUAACGCACGGCAACCAGGGUGAACACUUCCGCCUUCUGGAGCGCCGCGACGGGAAGAGCGUUCUGCGGUUGGGUCGGAAGCCACCAGGCCCUGGCUUGUACCACCUGGAAAUCGCCAGCUUUCCAUUGUUCGGUCCACGCAAACUUCAGCAACUGGAGGACCAACAUGACAGCGAUUACCUUGUGGGCGAGAUCGGCGACGCACUGCGCAUCAAGCUGCACAUCCACCUGCACUGAGACUGCCUGAAACCUAACCCCUUGACCCCAGGCCCUUUACCGGAGGGCAUUAGCUCUGAGAAACUGUGUCCAUUUAAAACUAGUUUUUGUUUUGCUUUGUAUUUGACGCCCUUUUCCACCAACCACCACUGAAUUCAUUGUUUUCAUUGACUGUAGUCAGGUUUGGUGGAAUACGUACAAACACCACCUUAAGUUGACAGGCAUGCUUUAGCACUAUCGUUAGCCGUUAGCAUUAGCACCCACUUUUAACAGACAACAAUGACGUAUUUGUUGUAAGGGCUAUUAUGUUUUAAUAUGGUUGUUGCAGUUGUAAACUGUCAAAACUAUUAUGAAAUGACAUUUCACAGUCUUUAGUGCACAUAGAAACAUUGCAGUAUAUAGACAUACCAAUUAUGAAUUUUCAAUCACCUCGUCGUAACUCGUGCUGGGGUCAAAAGGUAUUCCAUUCAGUAUUUAGCGUCAUUCGUCAAGUAUUGUACUGUUUUUGAAGAAACACAAAGGACUGCAGCAACUACCACAUUUGUUCAGGUUUUAACAAGAGUUCGAAAACUCUUGAGACAGCGUAGCAUAUGAUUCUUGAAGCUCAAACGUGAUUUUGGGGGCUUUCUGGAGUGUUGUCACGAGCUGCCACAUUGUGUUACCUCAUUUCACACAUACACAAGGACACAUACAUACAGCAUGUUGGACAGGAGUGGUGCUAAAGGCUUAACAUUUGCACUGAACCUGCUACGAAUGCUGAAUACAGUGUAUUUAAUCAGGGAAAUGGCGAUUAAUGUCCAAAGGGUUUUCAAAUAUGCAUGCAAUCUAGCACCCCCCCAAAAAAAGUUGCAUUUGCAUUUAUGCUUUUGCUACGUUUGAGUUUCUUCUCCAUACGUGUGUGCCUAGAGAGCUUCGUAUUUGACCAAGGCACACUUUACAAACCGAGCACAUGCAAAUGGGGGUAUGCCUGAUGGGUACACCAACCAGCAGCCAUUUUUGAUUGCAGCUGGAGUCAAGCCAUCCUCCAAAUACACUCCAGAUGUGGACAUACGAACACAAUUUUCCAACCUGUGUGGAAGCUACAGCCAACCCUCAUUAAUUUUCGCAGUAUUCAAGGAAACAUGGUGCUAAAAUUCCAACUUACGCUGUACUACGAAAAUGCUCGAUUCGUUGAUUGCAAACGUGUUAUUUUUUUUAACGGUCUCGUUUUUUUUUUAUUUUGUGAUUGUCUUCUGUACUGUCUCAAUGCUGAAAGAAAAAAUCAAUAUUAUCGGAAUGCUUGUUAAAAAAUUAAAUUGUAUAUUUUAAAGUGAAAUGUAGAUUUUGUUUGUUCGUUUUGCGUUCUUGACCGUCAAGACGGACGAACCAAAUAUUUACUUGUAAACGUGCGAUAAAUAGCCUUUAAAUGCCAUUGACUGUUUUUCUCUGAAGAAAACGAAAGGACAAUUCAUCCUUAAGUAACUGUCACCGAGGGCACUACGUGACAGACGCCACUGUUUACAUGAGGUUGUCCUUCAAGCAACGUUAGAAUAAUACAGUUUGUUGCGACGACCAUCAACAACGUCCUGCGUUCAAUCUUCAGGACAUUUGAUUUACGCGAGUAACUUGGUGCUAAAAUUACGAAAUUGCUUUUCGAACAUCAAGGUAACUGCACUGUACAACAGACAGAGCUAUAUUUAUGCAUAACCAUUUGUCUAACAUGGGAACUUUGUACACUUUCAUAUCUUUUUUUUAUUUUAUUUUUUGAUGCCACUAGAUAUUAGCGAACAAAUGUGCAUGACUGUACUAUAUUUCAAAUAUCAGAAGCAAACUUGAAAUUAUUGACCAAAGAAAGAGGACUUGAGAAAUAUAGAGAAAUCUGAACAAGUUUUUAUUUUAUUUUUACAAGCCAUAAAAAGGUCCAUAUUGGGGAAAACCACCCUUUACACUCUUCCGGAUAAUUCCCAAUGCAUUGUUUUUAUACUGCCAAAAAAAAUCCCAUUUUCCAUUGGAUCCAUCCAUCUGUCAUUCACACAAGAUUUGUAAACAUCUGAAAUAUCUGGCAAUAAAACAACGUGGGUUAUAUUUUUAAA